AAAUCAUUUUGUGACAGAUAGGGUAUAGCCUCUAUAUAAAGCUCUAAAAUUUCAUCCUGUGUUGCAUUUUUGCCAUUUGUGGAAGAUAGAUAUCAGAUACUGAAAAUGAAAUCCAUACUUGCUGUUAUUUGUCUUGUUGGUUUCGUUACCUGUCAAUCCCCGCCACCAACGCAACCAGAGCCAACAUCUAAAGCUGCCCCAGAACCAGCACCUGUUGUUAGAAAAACAGUUCAAGUAACAGCACCACAGACCGUCGCUACAUCUACAAAAAAAGGAUGUGACCCUGCAUGUGACACUCCUUUUGAAACCUGUGUUAGACUUGCUAAAUGUCAGGGAAACGACUGCUUCAGAUGUGCUGUGACAGUCAGCAUCGUUUUACCUGGAACCAGUAAGGAAACCAUGACAAAACCAGCAAAAGAAACGCCAGUAACACUUCCUGCCAACCUCCCUAAUGUGUUGCAGUUACUUAAUUCCGCCCAGAAUAUGCAGUUACUUAAUUCCGCCCAGAAUAAUCCAUUAUUGAAAAUGCCAGCUCAAACAGGAAAUUCACUUUUCGGCAGUCAAGAUCCACUACAGAACAUGUUAAUGGGUUCUUUCAUGUUCGACGGUGGAAUGUUCUUCUAAAAGAAUUAAGACAACCUGAACCUAAAACAUCGCAAUGCAAUUAAAAAUUAUAAUUUAUGAAAAUCAUCUACCAUUAUAGAUAGUUGAAUCAUUCUCAUGAUGAUAUUUAAUGAAUAAAAAUUGAAGAUUAA